AAAACCCCAGCGAGCGCACUCUCUCCCUAGGGUUUCGCAUCCCGCCGCCGACGCUCGAUGCAGCAGCCUCCCCCGCCGGCGCCGACGAUGAACGGCCAUCACGCGCCCCCUCCGCCGCAGGUCUCCGUGGCGCCCCCGCCGCCGCAGGGCCACUACCAGCAGCCUCCGCCUCAGCCGUACUACCAGCAGCAGCCGCCGCCGCCGCCGCCUCCCUACUACCAGGCGGGGAUGUGGGGCCAGCCGCCGCCGCAGCAGCAGAUGCCUCCUCCGCAGUACGCGCCCCCUCCGUCCCAGCAGUAUGCCCCGCCGCCUCAGCAGUACGCGCCUCCACCGCCGCACUACGCGCCGCCGCCGCAGUACGGGGCUCAGAUGGCUGGAGGGCCCGCUCCGGGAGGGGACGAUGUGAGAUCCCUGUGGAUCGGGGAUCUUCAGUACUGGAUGGACGAGAACUACCUCUACAACGCUUUUGCCCCCAUGGGGCAGCAGGUUGCCUCAGUGAAAGUCAUACGUAACAAGCAGAGUGGGCAGUCUGAGGGUUACGGAUUUAUUGAAUUUCAGUCUCGAGCUGCUGCAGAAUAUGCUCUGGCUAACUUUAAUGGGCGGAUGAUGCUGAAUGUUGACCAACUUUUCAAGCUAAACUGGGCUUCUAGUAGUGCUGGUGAAAAGCGUGCUGCUGAUGAAGGUUCGGAUCACACAAUAUUUGUUGGUGAUUUAGCUGCUGAUGUUACAGACUCCAUGUUGGAAGAGGCGUUCAAAGUCCACUACCCUUCAGUUAGAGGAGCCAAAGUUGUUAUCGACAAAGUUACUGGGCGAACGAAAGGAUAUGGUUUUGUACGUUUUGGAGAUGAGAAUGAACAAACACGUGCUAUGACUGAUAUGAAUGGAACGAUGUUGUCUACAAGGCAAAUGAGGCUUGGGCCGGCAGCUAACAAGAAGAAUAUGGGUACCCAGCAGACAUAUUCAACAAAUGGUUACCAGAGUUCCCAAGGAAAUGAUUCGGAGUCUGAUCCUAAUAAUACAACAAUCUUUGUGGGCGGGUUAGAUUCCAAUGUAAAUGAGGACCAUCUAAAGCAAGUAUUUGCUCCAUAUGGGGAAAUUGGUUAUGUGAAGAUUCCUGUAGGCAAGCGUUGUGGAUUUGUCCAAUUUACUAGCAGGUCAUCUGCUGAAGAAGCCAUUCGUGUGCUGAAUGGUUCUCAGAUUGGUGGGCAGCAAGUUCGGCUUUCAUGGGGCCGUACUCCUCAUCAGAACAAACAGGCUCCCCAGCAGGAUGCCAGCCAGUGGAACGGCAAUGGCAACUACUAUGGAUACCAACAGAGCUAUGAGGCUUCUUACUAUGGUGCACCCAAUGGACAGGAUCCUAGUGCGCAGAACUACUAUGGCUACUCUGGUUAUAGCAAUUAUGAGCAGCAGCAGCAACCACAACAGCAGGAGCCCUUGCAGCAGCAGCCACCCCCACAACAGCCCCCACAGCAGUGAUUAUGGUGACAGUGCAACUUUCAGAGCACAGUCGGGUUAUCAGGGAGUACAUUUGCAUGAACUCGAGCUGCUGCUUCCUUCUUUAAGUUAUUGUAGGGGUCUUUGUCGUGUGGAUAGCGCAUGUUGGCUCUCUUAGACUAGUCGAGUCCUUUUGAUAGUAAGCCCCAGCGUUACAAAUUUUUGUGCCUAUCUGUCUGCCGAUUGUCAAAUCUGAUGCUGACGAGUUCACUGAGACGUUACAAUUUUGUGUGCCUCUGGAUGUCCAUUGCCAAAUCUGAUGCUCUGAUGAGUUUCACUGAGACUGAUGUUAUUUAUGAAUGGAUGGUUUGUUUGGUCUUUUCACAUUGAGAUGAGCCCUUGGCUCCU